UGAAAAUAAUUUAUUGCCAUCAGAAACGGUAACAACAUCAUCAUCAACAACAACAACAACAACAACAUUGAUGACGACAAUUAAAUCGAAUCUGAUUGUUAAUCAAUCAAAAAUUAUUGUUGAUAGUGAUGAAAACAAUGAUUGUUUUAACUAUGAACAAAUUGUCAAAGAAUAUCCACGUGAUCAGAAUUGCCAAAUAAAUAUCGAUAUUGAUGGACGUCGUUUUAAUAAAAAAUUGCCAAAUAACAAUAAUGAUGACAAUUUUACUAAAAUAAUAAGCCAAUAUGAACAUUGCCACAUUAUUACCGGUUUUGUUUCAUUACGGCAUUUUUAUUUUGACAAAAAUGAUUCAUUAUUAUUCAACAAUCUAGUCUUUCCAAAUAUUGAAUAUGUUCGAGAUUUUUUACUUGUACAUAAUUUUCGUUCAUUUAAUGAAGAUAAUGAUGAUGAUGAUGAAAAUGUAAAUAUAACAUUGGGACAUAUAUUUCCACGUUUACGUCGUAUUUAUGGCUAUCGUCGUAUUGAUAAUAUUGCAUUAAGCAUAUCAGAUUUUUGGACAAGUGAUCAUAUUUCAUUUGAUUCAUUGCAACAAGUAUGUGGUACAAUCAAAGUACUAUCAUCACGUCCAUAUUUUCGUCAUUCACCAACAUAUUGGCAUCUAGUGGAUAAAUAUCGUAAUCGACGAUUAUUUACAAAUAUGACUAGAUUUCAAUCAGAUUAUGUCAUACCUGUACGAUCAAUUAUUGAUAAUCAUAAUGAAUCAAAUUUCAUUGGUAUUGAAUCACAAUUACGUUUUGAUAAACUUAUAUCAACAAAUAAACGUCGUAUUUAUAAAAUAUUACAUGUAUCAAUAUAUGAGAUUGAUCCAACAUUUUAUUCAUUUGUUGAAACCGGUAUUGAACCAUUAUCAUCAUCGGAAACAUUUUUCUGUAAUACAUCAUCACGUAUUGUUAUAUUAUCCGAUUUAGAUUAUUCGGAUAAACAAUUUUUAUUCCCAUAUCAUACAAAUUCAUUUGAUCAGGAACGUUUUCCAUAUUGGAAAAUGAAUGAUGUUUAUUAUCAAUAUAGAAAUGAAUCACAUUUACAUCCAGAACAUUUUCUUUAUAAUAAUCGUAUAGAUAAUAUUGAUAUUUGUAGAUUACAUAAUAUCUAUUAUGAUGAUAAUAAUAAUAAUGGUGAUAAUGAUAAUGAUAAUAAUCAAUCAAUGAUGAUUACGAAUGAAACAUAUCCAUUUCAAUUUAAACAUUAUUAUGUAAUCAAAUUGGAAUUAUGUAUAGAAAGAAGACAUGAAAAAUGUAUUGUACAUCAACGUUAUAUAUUUAAUCCAAAAUUUGAAGAUUUUGAACAAAUUUUAUUGAAAUUUUCCGAAAAACAACAACAACAACAACCAUUGGAUGGACAAUGGAUUUUUUCAACCAUUUUGAUUAUUGUCAUUAUCGUAAUAAUUAUAAUGUUAUCAAUUAUUGGCCUAUUCAUCUGUUGCAUACGUUAUAUACGGCCAUAUCAAUUGUUUCGUUUGAAAUCAUUUGUCAAUAUGGAUGUUGUAUCAGUGAAUCCAGAUUAUGGUAUUGUAUCCAAUCAUCAUAAUGAUAAUAAUAAUAUUGAUCAAUUGAAUCAUUUUUGGUCAUCAACAACAUUUCAUUAUAAUAAUAAUGAUAAUAAUCAACCAUUAUCAUCAUCAUCAUCAUCAUCGAUUAAUAAUGAUAAUAUUGUUACAUGUGAAAUUAAUCGUCAAAGUUUAAUACUUUAUCAACAAAAAAUGAUUGGUAAAGGUGAAUUUGGAUUCGUAUUUGAAGGUAGAUUAUUAUUAGAUCAUGAUCUUAAUUGUUCAUAUCAUUAUUUGGCUGGAAAGAAUAAUAACAUGAUGGAAGAAACAUCAACAUUGUCAUCAUGUAAUUGUUCUAUGAUUCAAUCAAGUCCUAAUAAUAAUGGCAAUGGUAGUAAUGAUAGUAUUCCAUCGAUUCGUGUGGCCAUUAAACAAUUAAAAGAUAGUGGUUUCACCGGUAAUGGUGUUACAAUAAAUAAAGAAAAAUUCAUUCAAGAAGCAAAAUUUAUGAAAACAUUUAAUUCAAAUUUUUUGGUUAAAUUGUUGGGCAUUUCAACGGUGGAAGAACCUAUACUUGUUGUAAUGGAAUAUAUGGAACAUGGUGACCUGAAACGUUUCUUACGAACUCGAUAUCAAGAUUAUCUGAAAUGUCGAAAUAAUGAUCUAUUACCAUCGUUUGAUCAAUUGGCACGUAUGGCCAUUCAGAUUGCUGAUGGUAUGCAUUAUUUACAUUCAAAAAAUGUUAUACAUCGUGAUCUAGCUGCACGUAAUUGUAUGGUUGCAGCUGAUUUAACAGUGAAAAUUGGUGAUUUUGGUCUUACACGUGAUCUUUAUGAAAAAGAUUAUUAUCGAUUAUCCGAAGAAGCACCAAUGCCAUUACGAUGGAUGGCACCAGAAUCCAUACGUGAAAUGAUUUUCACACCAUAUUCAGAUGUAUGGUCAUACGGAAUAGUAUUAUGGGAGAUAAUGUCUUUUGGUGAACAACCAUAUCGUGGUCGAUCAGAUAUGGAAGUGAAACAACAACUAUUGACCCGUAAUGCACAGCUUUCAAGGCCAAUUUAUUAUUUUGAACCAUUGUAA